UGGAUUUAACUGAAGUUAAUAAUUAAUCUGUAGCACAUCGACUGAAAGCAGUAAAACAGCAGCCUCUGUUUCAAUAACAACUUGGUGGAAAGAGCGUUUAGAGUUCAUGUGACCGAAAUGUUCAGACGUUCAAUUCCUGCAAACGCCGGUAAUAUUAUUAUUGAUAGCCAUAUGCGGCUGAGUUGUACUUUGAACAAAGAGUUCAUUGAGGCGCUUCAAAGGAAACACAACAAAAGCCAUAAAAAGUUUGCGCAGAGAUGUUCCGGUGAACUGGCCUUCUUACUGCUGCUAUCUGUUGGGAGAUAACAGAGAAAAUAUUACUCUUUAUCUGAUGGGCUUACCAUUGACAACAUAUUGCGUGUUUACCUCACAAAAGCCUUCCGCCAAACCGGAGUGACUUUGGCGGUUUGUCAGCGCGGUCGGUUAUACUUUUAUUUAAAUUACGUGAAAUGUUUCAGCGUCCAUACAGAAACUUAUGCGCAACUUUCCCUCGUCUCACCUGAGCAGGUUGUCUACAAGCGCGCCGCGACACGCCCAUCUGCUCCGAGCUGUCAUUUUAUCUGGAAGUACGUGUGGAACAAAUUACCCUUAGCGUCACAACAGCUGGCCACUGUGAGACAAGCCAUGGUCACCGGUUUCUCCGUGGAGGAGUCACUGUCAUGCUGUGGUGCUGGGUUGGGGGGGAUAGACCUGCCGGUGACGAGCUUGUUGCUCUUUGGGUUUCGGGGUGAGGGGAGUCUGGCCCCGGAGCAGGAGACGUGCGCGCUGUGCCAAGCGCAGAGGCGCUAUCCCAGAAAUGGCUCUCACGCCUCGGCUUCGGCCGCCACAUGUUUCUCUCCUGCUGCUGUCACUGCUGCGCCUCUGGCCGCUCGGCUCCGCCACCGCGCUGGAGACGGUGGACCACCGGGCACCUAAGCUCGUCUGUAGCGAGGGUCUGGUCGACUGCAAAAUAAGCUCAGUCUCUAUGUCCUCUUUCCCACCUGAUUUGGAUGAUGCAGUGACUGUUACACAACUGAGGCUUAAGGCAAUUCUGUGCUGUUCAGGCACAAAAGACUGUGAACCCUGCUUGCAAAUCAUCAUCACAGUCCAAGCUGCAGAAGUGGAUAGCGCACAGCUGGUUUCUGAGGAGUCUAGUGGCUACAGUGAUGAAGAGGAGGAUGGCAGGAAUCGAAUUGCAGAAGAAAGCGGUCAGCUUGGGCUUGGAGAGGCAAGAGCUUUGGUGAAAGUGUGUUUCAGCUCCCCAGCCUCCGUUGAAUUUUGCAGGACACUCUGUUUUAAAACAAACCACUCUGGUUUAGAUCAAACUUCUCAGCAGCACACACAUGAGCUGCUUCUGACAGAGGAAGUGAGGUUUGGCAUUCCCGUUGUGGUACAAGUAACCGGAGCACACAACAUUCAAAGCAUCACAGUCCCGUCUUUAGAAGAAGUUUGUUCCAUGAACCUAAACGUGACUGUCAAAGAAUGUGAUGUCCCAACUCUCCGAGCUGUGACUGAUCAUCAGAGGAAUGUGAUCAUCCUCCAGCUUGAUAACACUAAUUCCAAACAAGAUGAAAUCUUGUGGCAGAUGGUUUGGAAUGAAAUACCAGGAGAGGUUCUGUCAUGGUCCAAAAACAAGAGCGAAAUGGUCAUUUCAUCAAACUUUGUUGCACCAUGCUUGUGCUUCCAGGUGUGGUAUAAGGGAAAGUCCCUCCGAAGAAAAUCCUGCCCUUUCAAAAACGAACAAGAUGCACUGGAAAGAAUGCGGCAUAACGUGUCUGUGUCGGUGGCGGAGUGUCAGAUGAGAGAGGGCGGCACAGGACUGAGCUGGAAUAUAACUGCCCCCUGCAGACUGGAGGCAGAGGUGUGGCUGUGCAAGAAAGACCCGGCAGGAGGGGAGUGUGAGGAGGUGAAAGGCUCCAGACAGAGCCUGCACAGUCAAGUGAAAGCUGGCUGGAGGCCAACACGCAGUGGACAUUUGAAAACAGGAGAGUUCAAUGAGUCAUCACAUCCUCUGCUUUGCAUCCAGAUAAAAAUCCAUGGGAUGAAGUCAUACUUAGAGCCCCAGUGUCCAUUUUCAUCAUCUCGAUGGAGAUGGAGCCUGCCACUCCUCAUUGGAUUACUGCUUAUGUGCUUGGCCAUAUUAGGAGCCUAUUUUAUGCAAGGGGUCCUGAAAGGCUAUGUGUGGAGAUGGUUGAAAGAAGAUGAUGUUAAAGGUGCGGUGGGUGGCGGUCAUGUGGUGUUGUUGUACCCACCUGAUGACGACAAAGCUUUGCCAGAGCUGAUAAGUCACCUGGGCUCAACCCUUCAAGCCCUGGGCUUCAGUGUGUCUCUAGACCUAUGGAGCCAGGCUGAACUCAGUGUCCUGGGCCCUGUGCCUUGGCUCCACUCAAGACUGAACCGAGUGAAAAGGCAAGGGGGCAAAGUGGUGCUAGUUCUAACUCAGGCUGCCUGGGUUAGGGCUGAAGAAUGGGGAGCUCGGAGCUGGGAGAGAAGCACUCCCAGGGAGAGCAACAAAAACAUGACGGAAGAGGAGGCAGGAAGAAGCUGCACUGCCCCUUCUCCCUGUGUAGAUGUUUUCACUGCUUCAUUGAGCUGUAUUCUAGCAGACUAUUUACAGGGCCGUGCUGGUGAGCGGUUUAUGUUGGUGCAGUUUGAAUCACUUCCACCUGAGCCCCCAGGAGGUUUUUGGCCGUUGCCAGAACUUUUCCGUGGCCUUCAUGUCUACAGCCUCCCGUCCCAGAGCCUGGGUUUUCUGACUGAAUUGGCUGGGGCUCGACAAAUGGCUACUGCAUCAGCCAGACGGAAAAGAGCAGGGGGCCUCAGGAUGGCAUCCCGGGCUCUGGCAAGAGGGCUGUCAGGGUUCACGGCAGGAUCGACUGUAUUGCGCCUUGCUGGUGUGCCCCAGAGUUGUGUUGGGGUUGGAGUUGAGGACUCUGGGGAAACUGUGCCCUUACAGUCAUGCCUUGUUACACCGCCCUCUAGCCCUGACACAAGCCCCAAGGUCAGUGAGAUGGAAUGGGUCUGACUGCAGAAGAGGUUGGAACAUAGUUCUGGGAUGAGAAGAAGUAAUAAACUGACUCUGUUGAGCUGUUUGCAUUGGCUGUUGAGGCAAAGUGUGUCUGGCAGUGGAAACCUUUUCAUAUAAAAGCUGGGUUGUUACUUGAGCUCCUGCUGUUCAAGAUAUAUAAAACCCCACAACAUUAAAACCUCACUUCUUCUAAAGGUAAAUGCGAGGAAAAACACAUCAAUUAAUAGUUAGAAAAGGAUCAGAAAAGGGUCUGUGGUGAAUGUAUUUCAAAAACAACGAAGGCUUGAUUGUUUUAGUCCCGACACUGCAUUGUUUGUUUAAGCCAUUUUUCAGUCCUAAACCAAACCAAACCAAAUCGUGUGUGUUUGAUGUAUUAUUUAGUAUUUGACAUUCUGCUUGCACAUGUAUUAAAUAUGACAGCCCUGAGAGAUAUGAAGGAAAAAAAUGAAAUAAAAAUAAACUGUUUCAUUUCUGAGUUCA